GUCCUCCUCCGCCACUCUGGAUCCCGUCUCCUCUUCGUGGACAUCCUUUCUCUUCCUCUGGCCCGCUCCGCCUUCGAGCUCCUCCCUGCCGAUCAUCGCCCCCCUCUCCUCAUCCCCAUCGAAGAUCCCUACGAAGAUGACAGUGAUCUCACCGGCUUCGACCUCACCUACGAAAAGGUCUUAGGUCUCGGAGACCCGGAUUUCCGGUGGAUUCGGCCGACGAGCGAAUGGUCUCCGAUGAUCCUGAACUACACGUCCGGCACGACAUCUGCGCCGAAAGGCGUCGUCCAUUGCCAUCGCGGAAUCUUCCUCGUCUCCACGGACUCUCUCAUAGACUGGUGCGUCCCGCAUCACCCGGUUUUCCUCUGGACCCUGCCCAUGUUCCACGCCAAUGGCUGGUGUUUCCCGUGGGGCGUCGCCGCGGUCGCUGGCACC